UGCAAUUGCAGCGUCCACCCCUCUAAUCUCCCCCUUCUUCAUUUCCAAGUUUUUAAGACCACAACAAUUUGCUUUUCUCUUCCGGAAUGGAUCCGACCCCGACGUCCGAUGCCCGUCCCGAAAUCUGCUUCUUCGAUUUGGAAACCACCGUCCCCCACCGGCGUGGCCAAGGCUACGACAUUCUCGAAUUCGGCGCCAUUUUAGUCUGCCCCAGAAGGCUCCUUGAGCUAGACAGCUACUCCUUCCUGGUCCGACCCGAUGACCUCUCUUCCGUUUCCCCUUCCUCCGUGCGCUGCAACGGCAUCACUCGGGACGAUGUCGCUUCGGCGCCUCCCUUCUCCGAAAUUGCCGACAAAGUUCACGACAUUCUCCAUGGAAGGGUUUGGGCGGGGCAUAAUAUAGUGAGGUUUGAUUGCGUGAGAAUAAGGGAGGCGUUCGAGAAGAUCGGUAGGCCGGCGCCGGAGCCCAAGGGACUUAUUGAUUCAUUGCCGCUGUUGACACAAAGGUUCGGAAGGAGAGCUGGUAAUAUGAAGAUGGCGACUCUUGCAAAAUAUUUCGAGAUCGGGGUGCAGUCACACAGGAGCUUGGACGAUGUUCGAAUGAACCUCGAAGUUGUCAAGUACUGUGCUACAGUUUUGUUCCUGGAAUCAAGUCUCCCGGAUAUACUGAUGGCGAAUGGAACAGGUUUGCCAAUAUCGACGAGAAGUAGCAGUAAUACCAAGUCAUCUCCCGAGCAGCUUAGCCCGAACAUGAACAACUUUUCUUCAACUACCGAAAAUGUUCCAAUUCCUAUAACCUCUCUUCCGACUCAUCACACUGGAGAGGCAAAUGCAGAUGUGUCUAAUCUGGUUCAACCAGAUCCUUUCGACAUGGGCGUACUCAGAAAUGAAAUGAAACCCGAGGCCCUCGAAUCAGAUGUCAUCAUGGAAGAAAAAACUCAGCUAGAGUCUCAUGAGAUAGAGAUUGCUGAAGGUAGUAGCAGUAAUGCAGAGUUCUUAGAACCUAAUGAAGUUUCUCCAAGCUCUAUCAGUGCAUCUCUCAUCCCAUAUUACCAUGGCACCCAUCGAAUAAGACUGUUUCAUGAAAACACUGCUCUGCAAUUGUUUUGUCCUUGUUUGAGAGUGCGAUUUGGAGUCAAUGGAAAGUUCCUUGAUCAAGCCGGCCGGCCACGUUUGAGCUUUGUAGUCAAUGCUUCUCCGAGUUUAUGUGAGAUUCUGGAUGCUUGUGACAAUGCUGCAAAAACGGUCUUUGAAGAUUGCGGAAGCAGUUCCGAUUGGAAGCCUAUCAUGGCAGGAAUUAAGUACAUCAACAAUCCAACCGUGAGACUGAACAUACCCACAGUAGCCAACUAUGAUAUCACCCGAUACGCUGCGGAGAUUCAUCAGAAGGACAGCUCCGGUACCGUGCAAAAGCUUGUAUUCAGCAAAAUCGAUGCUGCUGAGCUUGGUAACUUGUUGAGAGCUGGGAUCUUUGUGGAUGCAUUCUUCAGCUUGGAUACUUACGAUUAUCAGGGAACGGCAGGCAUCCGGCUGGUGGCGAAAAAGCUGGUUAUACAUUCGGAUUAGUGGAGUUAAAGGGCAAAGAUUAAUCCAUUUUCAGAUUGUUUACAGACAUGUAAUAGCGUUGUUUAUGUUAUAGUCUAACUCAUAGGCAUAAGUUGCUCUCUCACAUUCAUAGCUUUGUACCAAAAGAAAGAAAUAAACAAAGAUUGAUUGAUUUUCACUGCUGUAAAUUUAUGCAAUUGUAAUUUACCGAAAAUAAACAAAGAACAUUGCAA